AUGCCGACCGAGACUGCCGUCCUCCAGCAGUCGCUCGAAAAACACAACGAGGCGUUCGAGUCCCUGCUGAAGCUCAUCCCCGCGAAGUACUACCUCUACGCGUCCAAGUACCAGACGAACAGCAAGAAGCAGAAGGCGCCGAAGCAGGCGAUCAAGGAGGCGUCGAAGAAGGCGAAGAAGGAAAAGCUCGACCCGGCGAACAACAAGACGGUGCUCGAGAUCCAGCGCGAACGCGCGGCGGAGCAGGCGCAGGCGGCGGGCAGCGCGAAGCAAAAGGGCAAGCGGAAGGCGGCCGCGAUGGAGGAUGGCGACGACGAUGACGACGACACGAUCCGGCUCGACGUGCCCAUGUCCGAUGGCGACGAGGACGAGGACGACGCUGGAGAUGACGACGGGGACGACGAUAACGACGGGAUGGACGUGGACGUGGACGCGCCGCCGGUGCCGAUGCCUUCGUCAGGCGGCAUCCAAGCCCUGCGGGACAAGCUGCACGCGCGCAUGGCGCAGCUCCGGAGCAGGAACCGCGGUGGGUACGGCGGGGAGCCUGAGAGCCGGGACGAGCUGCUCGAGGAGCGACGGCAGCAGCGCGCAGCGAUGCGCGAGCGGCGGCGGAAGGAGACGAAGGAGAAGAUCCGGCGGGAGGAGGAGCGGCGCGGCGCGGGUAAGGGCAAGGGCAAAGGCAAGGAGGAAAAGGGCAAGGAGAAGGAGCGGCCCAAGGGCCCGCAGACAAAGACGCAGCUGCUCGUGCCCGACGACCCGAAGGCGAAGUUUACGCCGAUCGCGUUCUCUACGCUCGCUACGGGCGCGGGGCCGUCCGCCGCGUCGAGCAGCAAGGCGAGACUGAAGAAGAGCCUGCCGACGACGGCGGCGAACCCGGUGCAGGCCCUGGCGCAGCUCGAGAAGCACAAGCAGAAGCUCGCCGCUCUUCCCGAGGAGGAACGCGCGGCGCGGGCGGAGCGCGAGAAGUGGGACAAGGCCGGAGCACGCGUCGAGGGCGUGAAGGUGCACGACGACGAGGGGCGGCUGAAGAAGGCGGCGAAGCGGAAGGAGAAGGUGAAGGCGAAGAGCAAGAAGUCCUGGGACGAGCGGAAAGAGCAAGUGCAGACGUCGAUGGCGGCGCGGCAGAAGAAGCGACAGGACAACAUCACUGCGCGGGCGGAGCGGCGAAACGACAAGCGGAAAGGUGUCAAGACGCGGCCGAAAGACAAGGGACGACCGGGCUUCGAGGGCAAGUCGUUUGGGAAGGGCAAGGCGAAAGAGAAGAGCAAGAAGUAG